AUGUUAGAUAUUGAGCCUGAAGCUUCACAAUCAGAUGAUUUACUAGAAAUAGAUGAAAUACAUAAGCAUCAUUGUAAAUUAACUAAACCACCUGCAAAAUGCUGGAAAUAUUUUGAAAUAGAAGAAGAAGAUUCAAUAUGUAAAGUUAAAAUUAAAAAACCUAAUGAAGAAGAACAAAUUUGUGAAAAAUCAUAUAAAUACCUUCCUGGAGGGUCAAUGACCAACAUGAAUUCACAUCUUGCAGACGAACAUGACCUAGAAGAUUUUCAAAAAAAACAG